UUCGUAGCGUGCGUUUGAGUUUUGUAGAGUUUUGGUUUUAUUUAUACCAAAUUUGAGACGAACAUUACAGUAAAUGAGCACCUAAUAAUUUAAAGUUCAAUUUGUAUGAAAUCAAUGUAAUAAUCAGUACAAAUAGUUGCAUCUGAGUGUACAGCGCGUUCGAAUUCGGUUUUAAAAUGGCGUCAAGCGUUCUCGCUAGAAUACGUCAUAAAUAGAAGCGAUGCAUGUGUGAUAAAAAUGGCUAUUUAUAGAGUCCUUGCAGUGCUAACGUUGCAUUAGAGUUUAUUAAAAUGUCAAAUACUGUUAUUACCAACUAUACGGACCUAAAUGGACCUUCUACUAAGGCCGAUAGUUCUGUUGUUGUUAUUGUAAACAAGGAUGGGUCCUUAUCUGUUGAUCAGAAUCUACUUGGUACGCUAAUGGGUACCGAUGGUUCUCAAGCUGCAGGAAUUAGUGUUGUAAGGGUGGGUCAUGAAGGUAGACCAGAUGAUGCUACAGAUUCAGAAUCAGAAGAUGAUAAAGUGCCUCAUGUGACACUAUCUGUUGAUAGUUAUUUUGAUGAACCAAAUAGCAUUAUUAAGUAUGACAGUGGAGCCGAGAUGUUGCAGUCCUUAAGAAUAGAAACGAGAGAGAACAGUUUGAUUGGUUUCCAAAAUGAUCAUUGCUAUACACCAUUCACUUCACCAAGUCAAACUUUACCACAAACAAAUGUGAACUAUACAACUUAUGAUGAGCCAGUUAUUGAAAUCACACAUACGCCUCCACCGAAACCCGUUCCGAGUUCAAAGAAAAUAACUAUACUUGAACAGCAAAUAAUACCUAAAGGCAAAAAGAUUUUAAUUAAUCAACCAGAAUCACCAGUUAUACUAAAAGGAAAUGAUGUGCUAAAUAAACCAUUGUCUGUAUUACCAAAACCCAAAAAGAAUGAAGGAGAGAAAUCGGACAGUUUACUGAAGUCUGAUGAUACUACAGAAUCUUCAUCAAUCAGUUCAGGUGAUAGCAUUCCAGACAGAGAUUCCGAUUCAGAUUAUAAAGAUACUAAAGAUAGAAGUGGUUCUUUAAAAGUAAAGAAACCAAAACUGAAACCAAGAAUUUUGAAAUCUACCAAAGGUGGUAAAUUGGAUACUAAAGUUGUCACAAGAGUAAAAAGCAGUAAGAAUAUAUUGAAGAAAGAAAUUAAAGAAAAACUUUUAUCCAAAAAUAUUGGUGAUAAGAAACAAACCAAUGUAGAUGUUGAAAGUCUAAUUCCUAUAUCAGAAAUACCUACAGUUACACCUGUUGUUAGUGAACAGAAUAAAAAUGUUAUUAAACCUACUCAAAAGCCAGUUAAAAAAGAAAGAAAAACACCAGCUCAUGUUACAGCAUUGCUGUCAGAUAUGACAUCAUUAUUUUCUACACCAGAUGUUAUUAGAAGAGUAUCUACUGAUAAUAAGCCACCACUAAAAUCAGAUGCUAAAGAGCAGUUGACUAUUGAUAAGAAAAUUUCUAGUGAAGUAAGGGCAUCUAAUAACAUGAAACCAGUACUAGACGACAACAUAGAAAAAUCUAAGAACUCCACUAUUUCACCUAAAACAUAUAUAAAACAAAAAGAGAAGAUAUCCACUGAUAAAGUAACAAAGGGUUAUGACCUUGCCUCAACAAUUCCCCAACUUGAUGAAGCAUGUUUGGCACAAAUAUUACAAGAUACCUCAGGUAUUACUAAUCCAGUGAAAAUUCAACCUACUAUUUCAACAGUGAACAAUAUGAAUAGCCCAGGUUUAACAGGGCCAUUAUCGCCAACAUUAGAUUUACUUGGUGGCUUACAACCUGAAGAAGAGGGAUUGACAGAAGAUUUGUUGAUGCAUGUAGCUCAAUUGGUAGAAAGCUCUGAAAACUUGCAAGAAGUUAUAGACAAACAAGUCUUGGGUAAAGUUGAUUCAACACACACAAAACCACACAUGCAACCAGCUUAUCAACAGACACCAGGUAAUAAUUUGUAUGCUCAAACUCUAACUAAAUCAGCCCAAAAGUCCACAACACGUAAAGAUCCCAUAGAAAUAGUACGGCGUGAUGGUCGGGUUAUCACACUACCACCUAUAGAAGCACCAGCAACAAGAUCAUCUAAACGCAAGAUUCAGAUGGAAUCUGGAAAUACUGCAGAAGUUAUACCGUCGCCAUUGCCUACCCCAACCCAACCAACAGCUGUAACUCCAGAACCCCAAGUACUGGCAGUUUCUAAGCAAUAUACAAAUAAGAAAUUACCCAAUAAAAAACUAGAACCAACAAUACCAUCACCCAUUGUUGAUAAGUCAGCUGAAUCUCAAGAAAGCUGGAAUUCAGAAGAUGAUCCUUACAGGUUAUGGUGUAUCUGCAGACAACCACAUAAUAAUCGCUUUAUGAUAUGCUGUGAUGGUUGUGAGGAUUGGUUCCAUGGUAAAUGUGUUAAUAUUACUAAAGCCAUGGGUCAGCAAAUGGAAGAACAAGGUAUAGAAUGGCGAUGUCCUAAUUGUAUCAAAAAGACAAAGGGUUCACCCAAGACUCUUAAGGCUACACCUGCACAAAAGAAAAUUGAAUCUGAUACAGUAAGUACACCUCAGCUUGUUACAAAGGAUGAGACUUCUAAAACCAAUUGUAUAGUAUGCAAGAAAUCAGCUCGGGCCUCUAGUAUAUACUGUAGUGAUGCCUGCAUUUUGAAACAUGCUCAAGACUCUUUGGGCAGCCAAACACCGAAUAAACAAGAGGGAGAGUCUGGUAAAACAUCAGACAAGCAAAAGUCUGAUUCCAGGGUAAUUGUGUAUGAAAGAAAAUCGGGGAGAUUAUUGGCUGGACCAAAUGCUCCUACUGCUGAAAAUCUGAAAGCCUGGUUACAAAAAAAUCCAACAUUUGAAGUAGUGCGUCCUGGUACACUUAGCACCAUCAAACCUAAUUUACCAACUAAGAAGAAGUCAUUGAAUGAACCUAACAAAAUUCAAACUACUCUGAGCUUUGAAAAAAUACCUCGGAAAUCUGUUGAGCAACCUACUUCUAGCAAGACUACAACAGCAGAAAUAAAACCGAAACCUCAACCACAAGAAGGGAAAAUACUAAAGACUCCACCUGUAACAAAAACAAAACUAAUACCAGAUGUAAAAAUGAAGCCUAGCCAAUUGCCAGAGCUUAAAAUUAAAAAUCAACCAGAGAAAACAAAAGUCUUGCAAUCACCUAAAGAAGAAAAGAUAAUGCCACAGCCGAAAACUCCUAUAUCAACAAGAUCCAACCCACUCCAGUGUCCAGAUUCACCAAAGCCAAGCACAUCCACACCCAGAGGUGUGAAUGAACCUCGAAAGUUAGUUCGUUCUGCUAACAGAACACCUUCAGCCUAUGAAAAAGCUCCUUCAGUUUCGCCUUCAACGUCGCGUCGAAAAGAUUCACUAGAUUCAAGUAAGAUCAGAAUGGAUCCUACUGAAACAAUACGUGACAAUGUAAGAAAAGCGUUACAAGAGCAAUUGAGUCAACGCAUGACCGAAAACAAAAGCUCCAAGUUUUCUGAAGCAGAAAUACAGCAGUUUUCUAUUGACACUGAACAUGAGCUUCACGAACUUUUCCGCGACGUCGGCAUGAAAUAUAAAGCGAAAUAUAGAUCACUGAUGUUUAAUAUCAAAGACAGGAAAAAUCUUUCACUCUGGCAAAAAAUUUGUGAUCGUACUAUCACACCUAAACAGCUGGUUCGACUUUCUCCAGAAGAACUUGCAAGCCAAGAAUUAGCUCAAUGGCGAGAUAAGGAAGUUAAACAUCAACUGGAAUUAAUUAAAAAAUCUGAAUUAGAUAUGUUAGCAGCGAGCAAAACAUAUGUUCUCAAGACACAUAAAGGUGAAGAGGUGAUGGAAACAAAAGAAUCCGUUUCUACGGAACUAGAUCCAAAUGUACCAGUUGAAGAUUUGGUGACCGCCUUGAAUGAUUCCACAGUCGGUGAAGACAAUAAGGAUGCUAAUUUAGAAGAACAUAAAAGCAAAAGCGACAAUACAGAUAAAAAACAUGGCAGUAGUCGCAAGAGAACAAGGGAAGACAACAGUUCAGUAUAUUCUAAAAAAGGGAGACGUGAUUCUAAACGGGAUAAUGAGAGUAGAAGAUCGCGAUCUUCCAGACGAAAAUCUGAUAUGAAGGAAAAAGAAUCUAAGGAGGAAAGAUCAUCUCGAAGACAAAGUAGAAAAUCAAGUAGAGUAAAAUCAGUAUCGAGGGAGCGAUCUAGAGAGGCGUCUAAAGAAAAAACACAAGAGCAUUCUCGUUAUAGGUCAAGGUCAAGAGCGAAAUCGAAGAGACGUUCAAAAUCGAGAGAACAUUCGAGAUCUACUUCUCAUAGUCGUGACAGAUCACACUCCAGAGCACGGUCGCGGCAUCGAUCAACAUCCAUAGAUAAAUCAAAAUCGAAAAAGAGAUCACGCUCUAAAGUUCGAUCCAGUACGGAAGAUAAGCACAAACAUAGAUCUAAAUCACAGGAUAAUGUUUAUAGUAAAAAUAAAAAUGACUCCACUGACUCUGAUUCUAUUGAGAGGCCAAAGUCAGCAAUGUUAAAAGAAGUACAUCCAGAAUAUGAUCCGCAUGAACCAAUGAUAACGUCAGCAUUUUCAGAAGAAGAUCUAAGAAAAUCUAGAGAAGAUGUUUAUGAAGACAAUAAAAAUGACAUCGGAGAAUAUGGGAAUAGUGAUGAUUAUGAUGCCUCUAAAUCGUUCAUGAUUGAUGCUAACAUUAUACCAUCUCCAAAAUAUGUAGAAAAUCAAGACAAAUCUUCAGCUGAACCUGAGAGUGAUCAAGAGCCAAGUAGUACAGUGGAUAAUUCUGCGGCAAUAAUAUGGAAUGGUUGCAUUAACAUGGUUGAUGUUGCGAGAUUUUAUGUGGCUGCACAUGAGGUAUCAGGAAGUGCUUCAGAUUUGGAAGAAGAUUUAAGUCCAGAACUCGAUAUCGUUGGAAGAAUAAACCCUGACACUGUAUGGGAUUACAUUACGAAAAUGAAGAGGGCGGGCAAUAAAGAUAUUGUUAUCUUGCGAUUACAGGCAGCAAAUGAUGAAGAGAAAAUGCAAUAUAUAGCAUUGUACAGUUAUCUAAGUAGUCGUAAUAGGUUAGGUGUGGUGAAAGUAUCGAACACAACGUCCGUGAAAGAUUUCUACAUAGUUCCAUUACCAGCGAAUACCGCCCUGCCAUCGGUUCUAUCUCCACUCGAUGGGCCAGGACUUGGAGAAGUCAAAACUCACCUUUUGAUUGCUAUUGUCAUACGUCAGAGAAAAAAACGUAUGGCACCACACAUUCCCAAAGACAUAAUACCAGAAAAGGUGGCUCGGUUUUCGCGUAAGCGUUCGUAUACACCGCCGGCGGCGGGCAGUAAGGGCACUUACACACCGCCGAUGUCGCCGCGACGACGUGCCCUUCCGCUGCCCGCGUACACAUCGCCCGCCCUCUCCACAUCUGUCAAAGACAAGAUCGCAGCCACGUUAGAUAGUCCAUUAUACGGAGGCUUUAGCUACUCAUUUUGGAAGCUGAGCAACGUGAUGUUGGCUAAUAAUAAUAAAAUAACUUAUAUUAUUUAUAUCUUCAUAUGUAAAAUUUUAGCUGCUGCAGAUGAAGAUGAGGCUUACAGCCCGGGCUCGUCUAGUAGCGGCGGCAGUGUCCCGACUGCGGUUACACAGCCUGCCUCAAACACCUUACGCUCCAAAAUGGAAGAACUUAACAGGCAAAUUGAGGAGCAGAAACAGCAAAUAUUAAAAAUGGCACAAGCUGAUUCGUCGGCAGGGGCAGAGGAUGAAGCUUAUUCGCCGUCUCGCCCAAUGACUCCGCCUCCAGUGGUACCGUUGGCUGAUAUUGCUUUACCUUCUAAUCUGCAGGAGAUACUUGCCACUAUAAAACAGAGGUCUGAACCAACACCAGAUGUCGACAUGCGUGGUUUGCCAUUGCCUCCAUAGUUGUAAUAUAAUGUGUAGAAAUAACUAAUAUAUGAAAUAAGCACAAUAUUAUUUUCUUUAUGAUUCAUUCUUCCCUUUAUUUCUAUAUUGAUGUUGUAUGUAAAUAUUUUUAUAGUACAGACUAUUUAUCAUAUCAAUAGAUUUCUUCCGCCACGAAACAGAACUCGUAUGAUCUCGUUAUUUCAUCUUGUUCAAAAUCAAUGUAUAGACAUUUGUGCAUUUUUGCAAUCGCAGUUUUUGUGUAUUAUCUACUAAAGUAGAAUGAAAUUGUCAAAUGUUGUAUUUAGUUUUAAGACCUUAUUUUAACUUAUUGUUAGGUGGGCUAUAAUCAUAAGUAUGACACAUAUGUAAAUGUGCUAAGCAUACAUUAUGUGCAAUAGGAUAAUGCCAUGAAUGAUGACAAAUUCUGAAAUGUAGUAUCGAUAUGUUUAAUGUAUAUAAGUAGAUAUAUGUUUGUUUACAUAAUUCGAUAUGUUGGAAAGUGGUGAACAAAAUUUAAUUUUUAGCAAUUUUAACUACUUAUCUAGUACAUUAUUGAGAUAGAUGUAUUUUAUCUUCUUUUGGCAUGAAACAAAAAAGUUAUAAUGAAAUAAAGACAAUGUUUAAUUCAAGAUUUUUAUUGUUAUAUUCUGUCAUCAUCAAAAAGGGAUCUCCUAAUUUUUGGUUUUUGAGGAAAUUUGUCCUUCAUUGAAUAUGAUUUGGUCUGUUUUAUGAAGCUUCCAAAAACCUCUCCUUUUAAUUUUUUAUUCUUGAUCCUAUUUUGCAUCGCCAUUAUUUUAGUCUCCAUCAGUUUUCUUCUGGGAAUAUGUCUUAAUGCAAACUCCCAAUCGCUAGUCAAUCUUAAAUCUGCUAGUAUAGGAAUCAUAUGAUUAAUAUUUAGAUUCUUUUUAGCGCCUGGUGCCCAUUCUAAAAAUCUGUCGAUAGGCAAUUUCGCCAUUUUUAUUCCAUCUUUUUUAGCCUUAGCUAGUGAAAAUGGUUCAUUAUUGACCUAAAAUAGAAAAUAAUGUAAACAUUUACAUAGUAAUUCACUAAAGUGAUACUGUGCCAUACCAAUACUCACAGAAGCAACUGUUCACAGAAGGCUCAU